UUGUUUUUUCUCCAUUCUUUUAGCUGGGACCUUUCUGACAACGAAGUAAAAAUUGUUAAAAUGGGCAGAAACUUUGGCAUCACACUUUGUCUGAUGCUGAAGCUCUGUUACCAGGACCACACAAUGUCUGAAACACAUUGUCCUGCACGAUGCCAGUGUUUCACACCAACUACAGCCAUCUGUUCUGAAGAGCGCAUGUUAACAAUGCCCAGGAACAUCUCGCAGGUGAGGGAGCUGGUUGUCAUGACAACAGGACUGACUUACUUGGACACAAACUCCUUUCGGGAGAACCCCAGACUGGCCAAGCUGGUCUUCCUCAACAACAUCCUUCGAGAGGUCUCGGUCAGGGCAUUCGAUCCCUUGCCGGGGCUGGAGGAGUUGGAGAUCAGUGGCAACUCUUGGCUGGAACGUUUGUACCCGGGCACGUUCAGGAAACAGGUCAACCUCACCAGACUCCUGCUCAAUUUCAACAGGUUCCAGACUGUGACUCCUGGCAUCUUUGAUUCUCUUCAGAACCUGGAAACAUUGCAGCUGAAGGGAAACCUAAUCUCCCACCUCCCCGGCCUCCUCUUCCAGAACCUCACCAGUCUCCGCUCCCUGGACCUGUCCCAGAAUGCACUCACAAGAGUGGAUAGAGAGCUUCUCACAGGCCUCACCCAGCUGGCCACCCUGAUACUGGGCUACAAUCAAAUCACUGGCCUCUCGCCAGACUCUUUUCACAAUGUAUCUCAGAUGAAAGAGCUCUACCUGGAUGGAAACAAGAUAUCAGACCUCCCCCAUGGCAUCUUUUCACAUUUAACCAAGUUAGAGGUUCUGAGUCUUUGUGGAAACUUAAUCACAAAUGUGAGUCGCAGAACCUUUCCUCUCAGCUUGAAAGAGCUGAAUCUCAACAACAACAAGUUAUCUGAGCUCUCAUUCAACCCGUUCACCAGCCUGACAGCUCUCACUCAGCUCUACCUAUCCUCCAACCGGCUGCAUGAGCUUCCAGUGGACUUGUUCCGGAACCUCACAGCCCUGCAGGGGGUCGACCUUUCUGACAACCAUCUCACCUCGCUUCCUGAGGAGAUCUUCAUGGAGUUGAGUGCCAUCAAGGUGGUCCACUUACAGAACAACAACCUGAGCUCCAUUAAGCCCCGGCUGUUUGAGCACCAGGUUCUUCUGGAGCAGCUGUACCUCUCACAGAACAACCUUCAGAAUCUCCCUCUGGGCCUUCUGGACUAUUUCCUUUCCGAGAACAUGAUAAGGUUACACGGGAACCCGUGGAAUUGUGACUGUAACAUACAAUACAUGUACGACUGGAUGGGAGAAAACCACAAAUAUGUGGAAGAUCCUAGUAAGUUGCUUUGUGCAGGCCCUGUGCCUCUGAGGGGACAAAGUCUGUCUUCUGUACACAGGGACCAGUUAGUCUGUCCCAUGCAGUGGAGCCCACAGCCCAGCCAUUGCACCCUCCACAAUGAUAAUGACACUUUGAUCAUCAAGUGUAAGGUUGAGAAAUGUUCCCCUUUGAAGCUCCAGGUUCAGUUAUAUGAGGAUGAUGGCCGUUCAGCUGAGUACAUUUUUAAGAACGAAACUUCACAAUGUAGUAACAGCACCAUAACUGUGUAG